CUUUCACAGAAACUUAACGCAGAUCUUGGGUUAAAUUGGCGGGUUGAAUCUUAUUAUUUUUAUCGGAAAUUAAUUUUAAGAGAUUCCUUAUAGGAGGUAAGGUAUCUUCAUUUUCAUUCUCUAGUCAACAAAUUUCCAGAAGGAAGAAUGAAGGCUGAAACAGAGAGAUUGCCCGAAACUGUAUCUAUACGAAGACAUUUCACCAGUCCUGAGCUCAUUGAUCAUGACUACUGGAAUUGCCAUUCUGUUCAAUCAGAAGAUAAAGAAAAUGAAGAAAAACUAUCAGUUUAUGAGAACAACAAGAAUGAGGUAGCCAACGGAGAAAUGAGCGUAUUGGUGGUCGACCACGCCGCCAACGAAGUUUAUAACUUCAGCGAUGAAAUUAUAAUUGAGCAAGAAUCUGAAAUGGUGUUGCCGUGGACUAAUUUCCAUUAUGAAGAAGAUUCUGCUUUCCAUCGAUUCUUCGUCUGUCAUUACUGCGGUAACAUUUGGAAUGAUAUAUCCCAGCUGAUGCUUCAUCUCGAGUCUGCACACCCGUCAGAAUUAGAAGUGGAUGUGGAGUCUCAUACAGUUUACAAUUUAGGGGUAUCGCAAUCACAUUCUUGUCUGUAUUGCGACUAUACUACAGAGGCAUUCGAGCCACUUGUGGAUCAUAUCAAAUCGAGCCACAAGACUGUUAGCGAGAACUGUUGUCCUCAUUGCAAUUAUAGAACCAUGCUGCCAGCAAGCUUGAAGGACCAUCUUAUUGAAAAGCACAGGGACUCCUGUCUCUAUUGUAUUCUCAAUAUGCAUGCAUAGAAGCUUUUUAUACGCCCAUUUUGUUUUUUCUUUAUCGGACAUUAGUCAUUUUAUUGAAAAACUGUAUAUUAAGAUUUAUGUUUUAUUAAAUGUUUUUAAAAAUGCAUUGAUAUGUAUCGGAUAGUUAAUAUUAGUUUUAUUUGAUUGUAUGCACUAUGUAAUGAUUUAGUUUAGGCUGGAAUUUUCCUCAAAUUUCUGACCAAUUAUAAAAAAAAAAAAAAUAACUAAUGAGCUCAUAUUACUUUAUCUUCAGAGGAGCAUAUUCCUUGAUGCCAAUUAUAAUAUUAUGCUGAUUAUAUGGGGUGCCAUUCACUAAGGUUAAUUAUUAAUUAUUAUGAAGGUAAAUUAUUAAAAUAAUUUAAAAAUUACACAAUGAAAUUAUAAGAAAAGAAAAGCUUAACAUAACACUAUAUUUUUAAUAAAUAAUCCAUUUUUUACUGUUAUUUUGGUUCUUCCUUUUCG